GCGAAGAGGGCAGGCCCAUCAGCUGGCCAUGAGCUCGCCCGUCGCCGGCAGGAGCGCUUCUGCGAGCUCACCGGAAGCACAGACCAGGCAGCCAGCGAGCAACGGCAAGUCACGGGCACGACAAAACGAUGACGAAGCUGCGACCUCGUCUGAAGGCGAAGGCGAGCGACUAGACGAGGAUUCGUCAGAGGAGGAUUCAGAGGAUGAUCUGGAACAGCUCGCGCAAGUGCAAGCAGGCUUCAUUGAGGACGACGACCGAGAUGGGUCACGCAAGUCCAAGAAGCGGAGCCACAAGCGCAGACGCAAGAGUCGUGAGGCGAGCGAUGAGGCGCUUGGAGACUUGGACGAUGAUGAUCUCGACCUCGUCGAAGCGAAUACCGGGCGCCGUCUUGCAAGAGCGGCUCCCAAGCGACUCAAGCGACGCCCACUCGACGAUGAGGAGCAAGCAGACGAUGCAAUGGAAGAAGAUGAGCCCGAGCCAGAAGCAGAAGACCUGCGAGCGCCUAUCGUCGAUCUCUUCGGAGAUGAGCAGGCAGCUAAUCUCGCGCCCGGCGUCGCUCGCAUGGCAGGCAACAUGCUCGAAGGCGACGAAGAGGAUGACGACGACGAUGUUGACGAGAUGGAAGGCUUCAUCGAAGAGGACGAGGAGGACAUGAGCGAGGGCGAACGUGAAGAAAGGGCGAGGGACAAGCUCAAACGCAAGGAGCGUCGUCAAAAGGGAAAAGGCUUCGAGGGCGCUCGCUCUCACCUCCGUCCGGAAGAUUUCCAGGAUCUCCAAGAGGUCUUCGGCAAUGGUACAGAGUACGAAUGGGCCAUGCAACUCGACGAAGAUGAAGACAAGCCUCAGACGUGGGGCGACAUCUUUGAACCGAAACAACUCGCCAAAUCCCUCAUGGGCCCUCUUGACCAGGCCGUCCGAGAUCGCGACAUACCGGAACGGAUGCAGCUCAACGUAUCUUCGCUCGUCGAGAUCGACAAUCGUUCGAGACGAGACGCACUACUCGUUCAGUCUGAUCUUGACGAAGCGGUCGACUGGAUCUGGACUCAACUGAGUCACUCAAAAUCGAAAGAAGAAAAGAAAAGACUGAAGGAAGACAUCCCACUCAGAGAAGGAUCAAUUGGUGCCCUCAAGAAAGUCCUCGUCGAGCUCUGCAUCAAUUGCUACGAGCCUUCCUUCGUUGUCACAAGAAGAACGGAUCUGCUCGUCUACUGGCGACAUGAUCCCGCAACAAAUGAGCUGACGCCAUUUCCCUUCAUCGCGCCCGAAGACAUCUGGCGCAUCUAUGAUCUCUCCGUCCAAUUCAAGCAGUUCAUCGAAGACAAGCGUGCCCUAGAAGAACACAUUGCCGCCAUCGAAGCACAACCGGACUUUACAGGUGCCUACUUGCGAGAUGCCUACACACGCAUCUCAGCACUAGAAGAGCUUGCAGAUUUCCGGGAAUGGCUUUCGGUCAGGUACAGCAAAGAGCUCGAGGCGAUCGAGCAGGAUGCUGCCAUUGCUACCGAAGGCGAAGCUGUCCGGUCGAUCAGAAAGUGGCAAACACCUCAUAGUGAUACAUUAUACGAACGCGCGAAGCAGACAAAGAUUGAUAAUCUUGCCGCUGCUUCGGGGACAGAUCCCGACCUCCUCAUGCAAGAUUUCGAAGGAAGCAUCAGAGCUCAUUUCGCCGAAGACCCGGAUGAAGCGCCGGACGACUAUGCCGAGGGUUUCGUCGACGCGCAAAGUCCCUUCUUCAAUCGGAAAGAACAGGUUCUCGAGGCUGCAAAGGCGAUCGUUGUAAGGCAAUUCAGCUGCAACCCCAUCUUCAAGAGAAUCCUUCGCAAGAGCUUCCUCGAGAACGGCGUCGUCAACGUCAGGCUUACCGAGAGAGGUCAAGAAGAGAUGGAGGGCAAGCCAGAUCUGACGGAGAUCUACUCGAUGCGAUACUUGAAAGCCAAGCCAGUCGCGCAGUUCUUGGCGGCGGACGGUCCCAAAUUCUUACAUCUCAUUGCGGCAGAAGCCAAGGGCUUCCUGAAAAUUACGAUCGAGCUGCCUGCCUAUGCCAUUCUGGAUCUGCAAAGACGCCUACAAAAGGUCUAUCUGACGGAUCUGACAAGCACGCUCGCCGAGGACUGGAACAAUCUUCGUCGCGAGAUUAUCGAGCUCUUGACCGAAGGAACCUUCAAGCUGGUUGAAGAGCUUACAGAGAUCAAUGGCAAGCAAGAGACUCGCGUUGUUCGACAGCAAGUGACGAAAAGCAGCGUUAUGCUCAAGAUGGCUGCCUGGCUGCGUGAGCACAUCAUCCGGACAGCGGAAGAUGCCAUUGCACGUGAAGCCGCCGACAGACUUACCGAGCGCAUCAAUUGUCAACCCUAUCUGCCUCUCAAAUAUGCCAGUAGCUUAAUCCCUGCCGAACACGAGAUCAGUCCGCCGCCGCUCGUCAGAGGCCAGGCGCCUUCGGUCACUGCUAUCUCCCAUGGCACUGGCGACCCCAAACGUGAUAGUGUGCGGAUCUACCAUCUCGAUCGAUUGGGUCACAUUGUCAAUAGCGAGACUCUGACAGAUCUGCGCGAGUCGCGCGAACGAGAUAAAACAAGUCUGACUCAAAACCAAGAAGACCUCGUCAAAUUCUUGCUCGCGCAUAAGCCAGAUGUCAUCGUCGUUGGUGGCUUCACGCCUAGUGCCCAUCGACUCUUCAAGGAGGUGCAAAAGGUUGCUCAAGUGGCUACAGAGAGACUCUUGGCCGACAAUCGAGAAGCGCAGCAGUAUUACUCGUCGAACGAACACUUCGCUGCCGCAUACGCUUUCGACGUCACGUUCAUUCAUGAUGGGCCCGCGCAGCAUUACAUGACGUCGGAGCGAGCUCAGCACGAGUUUCCCAAGCUCACGGAACCUGUCGCUCGCUACUGCAUCGCGCUUGCACGAUACGCUCAAAGUCCGCUGCUCGAAUACGCCGCGAUGCGCAGUGACCUCAUCAGCGCGAAGCUGACGCCAGAUCAGUCGAUGGUCCCACGCAACAAGCUUUUGAUACAGCUAGAACGUGCCAUCGUUGAUCAAGUCGCUGUUGCCGGUGUCGAUAUAAAUCGGACCUUCAGAGAGCCUUACUAUGCUUCACUGCUGCCAUACGUCUGUGGUCUAGGCCCUCGUAAGGCUCGCUAUCUCGUCGAGCGCGUUCUUCAAAAGGGAGGCAUGCUCUAUAAUCGGGCGAUGCUGAGGUCACGGGGCAUCUUUGGUCAGAAUGUUUGGCGGAACUGCCACGCUUUCAUGCGCAUCAAUUAUUCGGAAGCUGCAGCGGCAACAAAGUCAUUCGAGCACGAUGAUCCGAGCAAGGCGGACAUACUGGACAGCACUCGUAUCGACUUUGACAAUUACUCGAUUGCUCGCAAGAUGGCAGCCGAUGCGCUUGACAAGGAUGAGGAAGACCUCGUCGAUCUCCAUCCAUCUCAGCCGGUCGCGGAUCUCAUACAGAGCAAUCAGGCACACCGAAUCGAAGAGCUUUCGCUCGACGACUUUGCAACCGAACUGGAGAGAAUGUUCUCCACGCCCAAACGUCUCGCUCUGGGGUUGGUGCACGAUGAGCUCAAGGCACCCUACAUGGAGCGACGUCCUCCUUUCCCGGUGCCGACGGUAUCAGAUAUAUUCGGCGCGUUGGCGCAUGUGACGACGAAGACGCUCCGUCUGAAUAUGGUACUGCCAACUCGGAUUAUUACGCAUACCACGCGCGACGAGAUCAUCGUCAGACUGGAUUGCGGCGUCAGCGGCGUAAUCGCGCCCGAUAGACAACAUGACAGCAAUCAAGCGUUGCGUCGUGAGCAUGCUCAGGUCGGCACGACAAUUCUUUGUGUCGUGCAGGAGAUCGACGCAGAAAACUUCCAAGUAAGCCUGUCGGCUAGGCAAUCAGAUGUCUUGCAGGCCCAACAAGCCGCUAAAGGAUCUUUCGAGGAUCCCGACUUCGAUACCGUUGCGUCUCAUCAGGACCGUCUAGAUCGCGCAGGCAGACAAAAGCGCAGGCAAGCACGGAUUAACAGAAACAUCAACCAUGACAGCUAUCGCGAUUUCAACUCUGGUCAAGCCGAAGAAUAUCUCAGCAACAAGCCAAGAGGUAGUUGCGUCGUGCGUCCCUCAUCGCGCGGCACAGAUCACCUUGCAGUCACCUGGAAAGUCGAUGACCGUAUCUACCAGCAUCUCGCUAUCAUCGAGCUCGACAAGCCAAGCGAGUUCGCCAUCGGCCGGAAGCUCAAGAUCGAGAAUCUCGAAUAUGCUGAUAUUGACGAUCUGAUCGUGCACCACAUCAGAGCAACGCAUCGCAAGGUGGAGGAGAUGUUAGCACAUGAGAAGUUCAAGGGAAGCAAAGAAGCACUCGAAUACUAUCUCAAGAAUUACGUUCUCGCUCGACCUGACAAGGCGGCAUAUGGCUUCGCGAUUGACAAGGAGAAGCCGGGUUGGUUCCUGCUCGGCUUCGUCUUCAACAAGAACACUGCAGUCAAAUACUGGCCUGUCAGAGUCAUUCCCGGGGCUUUCCAGCUCCGCGUGGGCAACGACGACGCCGCUCGUGAGCCGCUUGCGAACGUUGCUGCGCUCUGCAAUGCCUUCAAGGUUCGACAGGCUGUCUUACUAGCUGGCAAUGCCAAUCUCGCGCGUACGCCAGCAGCACCGCCUCUGCGUACGCCCUACAUGGCCGGUGGCGCAACUCCUGGCCUGCCUUUCAUCAUCACCGACACCGAGAACCGUCAAAGGCUAGGCCAGGCGAGCAGCGGUCAGAUCCCUGGUCGUACGCCAAUGACGGGCAGAACGCCAAUGCCAAUCUCGAGCUAUCCGUCAGAUUCGCUGCAGAAGGGCGAGCGGCAGGCGGAGAACCGUCGAGACAGCGUGCAACACAUGAGUGACAGUGUAACGAACGGACGUGAUGGCUCACAAAGCGCUCAAGCUGUCGCCAGCGGGGCUGGACAGGGCGAUUUCCCUCUCUAUGACCCUCGAGGAUUGUUCAGAUCAUCUUCAAUCACGUCGUCAGGCUCGUCAAACUCUCCGUCGCUCACUUCACCUCUUUUGCGAUCUACGAGUGCCUCGAUCAGAGCCAACAGGCCACUGCGCAGACCAGUCGCCACUUCUGGCUCGAGCGUAUCACGCAAUCAAGCUCUUGGAACAGAUGAACCUGACUUGCUGGGCGGUGACCCGCCGCCAACAACGAGGGACACAACGCCCAUGCCCGCCAUGCAGCUAGAUAACGAAAGCGCGCCUUCGUCUGCUUCACCUGCUAGGGUUGGCUCCAAUCUCUAUGGCAUGUACCGCAGUCCAUCAGAAUCACCCCUCGUGUCGAGAUAUCCCGUCAGACAACCCUUUGACGCCGCACGCGAUCGAGAACGCAGUACAUCGCCUUUUGGACUCGAUCAGGCGUCCAAGCUUGACUUGCCUGCUCUUUCGACAUCGCCUCUGGGGAUGUCGAGGUCCUCUGGGCCUCGCGAGGUGACUGAUCGAACACCAAGCUCACCGGUAGGUUCGGCCGGUCGAAGACGGCAAGACAGCUCAUUGAGCGUACAAAGCAACAAUCUGUAUCGCUCCUUUUCAUCUGUGAGCUAUACCGGUCAAAGAUCUGCUAGUGUUGCAUCAUCGUCCUAUCAGGAAGUACCCUGGUCACCUGCUGCCGCCUUUUUGUCGUCUCUCGGCGCUUCCAAUCCAGCGCCGGGGACACAGCCGAUGACAGACUCGCUUGCCUCACUCUUCUCGGCCACUUCGUCUGAUUACGUGCAGCCAGACAUAGUACCCGGCUAUCGGAUCGGCAAGACGAUUGGAAGAGGCGGCUUCAGUGUCGUCAAAAUGGCCGAGAAGAUGUCUCCCGACGGCGAGACUGUGCUCGACAAGGUCGCUGUCAAGAUCGUCAACCACGCUAGCCCCUUACAGGCUGACAAUGCGACUACGCUAUCAGACUCGAUGAUGAUGGACAUCAAGGCCGAAGCAGAACAGUCGGCUGUUCAGCCGCUCGAAAUCCCGGGCACAAACGGCUCAAAUGCAUCAGACAAGUCUAGAAGCGGCCUCGUGGAGAAUACUGUCGAAGUCGAAGCAUCCAUACGUGCUUUCAUCAGCAAGGAAGUUUCGAUCUGGUCUCAUCUCUCGCCGCAUCCUCAUGUUCUUCCGCUGCUGGAUGUCGUCUCGACGAUGCACGUCACGUACAUCUUUACGCCGCUUUGCGAACAAGGCAACUUGCUCCAACUGAUUGCAGAGCAUACUCGGCGCGGUCGACAGCGCAAUGAUGAGAGCAAAGGCAGUAGAAGACGUUAUGGCCGUCUUUCGAUCGGCAGAUCUGCUUCGCCUAUACCUGCUGGACUGGAUCUUUCCCGAGCACGGAUGCUAUUUAAACAGAUUGUGCUCGGUCUGCAUCAUCUGCAUGUGACGUGCAGGGUUGCACACAAGGACCUCAAGCUGGAGAAUAUCCUCAUCGAUUCGGAUGGCCAGCUGCGCAUAGCAGACUUUGGCUUGGCAGAUUGGGCCGUCGAGACCGAGCGGCGCGGUAUGACCUCUCGCAACCGGUCGCGCUCGCAAUCGAGAGAUAGAGUGCCUCAGAUCAGUGACGCUGCAUGGGCUACGCGCUCGAUGUCAGAAUUCGAAAGUCAGCUGUCUGACAAACUGACGCGGGCGGCAAGUCGGAGCAAUACGAUGCCACGCUCAGCCGGUCCGACCAGUGGUGUGCCGGCAGAAUACGUGACGGACAACAAGGAUCUGCCUGCCGGCUCGCUCAACUAUUGCGCGCCCGAGCUUCUGCGAUCGAUUAGCGAGACGGAACGUGCGGGCACGGGCGCUCCGGAAGUCAGCCAAGCUGUCGACAUCUGGGCUCUCGGCUGUAUUCUGUAUGCCAUGCUAGCCGGUCAUCUCCCAUUCGAGGAUGACUUCGAGCCGAGGCUGCGCGCAAAGAUUGUCAAGGGCGAUUUCAAGUUGCCGGAUGUACUCCUGCGGGCAACAGAUGAGAUUGACGAGCCAACGCGAUCGGCUUGUGAGGAGCUCCUCAAGGGGUGCUUGUCCACCCUAGCAGAGUCACGCUGGACGAUUCAGGAGAUCCUCGAAAGCACUUGGCUGCAAGACGAGCCCUUGGGUGAUAUCGAUGAGCUCUCGGGUCGGAUCAGUCGGCGUCGCCUGGCCGACUCGGACUCGAGCAGUCGGAGUCGCUCACGGGGCAGGAGGGAGAGAGAGAGCAGCCAGUCAGGCCGUAUUGCACGUUCAGCGCGUAGCAAGAGCCGCAGUCAGAGUGGUAAUCGUCUGACGGCCUGGACGGGCCGAGAGUGUAUGUAA